CAUUUGGGUGUUGCACCCUCUUCGCCGGAAGUGCGGCGAGGCUCUUGCGGAAGUGCGGGGCGGAGCUCUCUCUCUUUCGUUGUGGCGGCUGAAGGAAGAUGACGAAAGGAACAUCAUCCUUUGGUAAGCGUCGCAAUAAGACGCACACUUUGUGCCGUCGAUGUGGGUCUAAGGCCUACCACCUCCAGAAGUCCACCUGUGGGAAAUGUGGAUAUCCUGCUAAACGCAAGAGAAAGUAUAACUGGAGUGCUAAGGCCAAGAGGCGCAAUACUACUGGCACUGGCCGCAUGAGGCAUUUGAAAAAGGUCUACCGCAGAUUCAGGAAUGGAUUCCGUGAAGGGACAGCACCAAAGCCCAAGAGAGCUGCUGUUGCUGCUUCCAGCUCAUCUUAAGGACUCAAGUGUCUGUUUGAAAUAAAUGAUGUCAACCGUGAGAAAA